AUGGGAGCAAUUCGAUCAUGCUGCGGAUACUACUGCGCAUUUAUUAUGUUCAUUGGCAUAUUCUUCUUCAUUCUCACUAUCAUACUUGAGCUUACUAAAAACCAAUACACUCUAUUUAAGCUUCAAGAAUUUGAUUUCGAGAAGGAAAACGGUGAGAAAGUAAAGUGGGAUUAAGCCAAGCAACAAGCUGAUGAUAAAGUAAAUGACAGAGUUAUCUCAAUGGCAAUUGCUAUUGCCAUCAACUUUGUUUGCAUUUUCUUCUGCAUUGGAUGUGUCAGAAUUGGAGCAAAGAAGGAAGUUCAAGAAGACGAGCAGCAAUAACUUAUCAUUUGA